UUUUUGAAAUCAGAAAUAGUAAACUACUACUUAGCUUUGCUUUAUCUAAUGUUAUCUUAUGUAAUAUGACAAGGUUUUCACGUUUUUUUCCUUUGGUUUUUCUUUCUCUUUCCUUCUCUUUUUUGGAAGGAUGGGUGGGAUUGGUGGCUGGGCUGAAAUUACCAAUUACACUAGAUAAAUUAUACUAUAUUGUGAUUGAUUUUACAAGGUAUGAUUUAUGGAAAUAUGUUAUUGUAGAUAUUGCUAUAUGAUCUCUGUUCUUAAUUGAUCUGAAAGUCAACAUUUUAAAUGGCUAGAAAUGAGAAUUUGACUUUCAAUGGUAGUUUUAUCAUUAUGUAACACAUUUGACGGCAUUUUAGAAUAUUACAAUUAAAUUUAAUUUAUUAGUUUACAACAGUAUGAUUAAUUAAGUUGGCCCCCCAGACUUCGCUUGCUCUUUAUUGGAAUUCUUCUGGUUCAUGCCUUUUACACUAGACAUGCAUUUGGGAAAUUCAGAAUUGUGGCAUUAUUUCAUUGUCCAUGGUGUUUUGGGAUCUCCUUUAAUUUUCCACUAUGUAUUCCUUUAUAUUUCCGUUGUGCAGUUUAUAUUGUUGUAAUGGAUUAGGGUGUUUUUGUUUCAAUUUUCAUCAGGGAGAUAAUGUACCCCCUUAUUUAACAUCAUUUGAAGCUACGGGUUUUCCUUCAGAGUUUCUUCGAGAGGUUGUUGAGUUUGCCUUGGCUUUGCAGGAAGCUGGGUGCUUUUCUGUUGUUCUAAAAUGUGUGCUUGUACCUGUUACUGCUGCUGCAACAUCUGCUCUUCGAAUCCUUACCAUCGAUAUUGGGGCAGGAACUUUCUGUAGUGGCCAAGUUAAUUGAUUCUUUAGCUUUCUCUAGUAGACUUGACUGGCUUGUGUUGUGUAUAAUCUUUUUGUUUUCAUUUGUACAUAUAAUUUGCUA